AUGUUAGACCAACUGCGUACAGAGAUCGCAAUUGUUUUGGAUGGCUCUGGCAGUAUAGAACCCAAAGACUUCCAAAGGGCAAAAGAUUUUAUUUCUAACAUGAUGAAAGAGAUCUGGCAGAAAUGCUUAGAGUGUGAAUUUGCUGUGGUGCAGUAUGGAGACGAAAUCAGAACAGAAUUUGACCUGCAGAUAAGUCGUGAUAACCCCAACGCAGCUUUAGAAAAAGUUCAACAAAUUAAGCAAUUGGGAAAUGUUACAAAAACUGCUUCUGCACUUCAGCAUGUACUAGACUCGAUUUUUAAUGAAAAUCACGGAUCCCAAAAAACUGCAACCAAGAAAAUAUUGGUAUUGACGGAUGGAGAUAUAUUUAUGGACCCACUGAAUUUGACAACAGUAAUUAACUCUGCAAAGAUGGAAAAUAUUGAACGAUUUGCUAUUGGAGUUGGUAAAGCUUUUGAAAAACCAAAAGCCCUUGCUGAACUAGGACUCAUAGCUUCAAAGGGGAAGGAGCAUCUCAUAAAAGUAGAUGACUAUUCAGCACUUGAUGGACUUCUUUCUUCCUUAGAGCAGAAGAUCAUUGGAAUAGAAGGAACUAAAGGUGAUGCUCUGGAAUUUGACUUAGCAGAGAUUGGCUUUUCAGUACAUCUAAAGGAUGAGAAAUCUCUGGUAUUUGGAGCAGUUGGAGCAUUUGAUUGGUCUGGUGGGUUGAUUCUUGCAAAUACUCAGUUAGAUAACGUGAAAUUUCUCAAUGAAACUGAAGAGAAUGCAAAGAUGGCUAAUUAUGGAUAUUUAGGAUAUAGUGUCACCACAAUACAAGAUCCACAACUUUACAUUGGGGGAGCUCCACGACACAGCAAUGUUGGGAAAGUCCUAGUUUUUGAAAAAGACAUCACAACUUACCACCUGAUCCAAAAGUUGAUGGGUGAACAGCUUGGAUCCUAUUUUGGUUCUGAAAUCUGCUCUCUGGAUGUCAGGGGCGACGGGAGGCUAGUUUUCUUGCUAGUGGCUGCUCCUUUCUAUCAUGUCAAGGGAGAAGAAGGAAGAGUUUAUGUUUAUAAGCUGACUGAAGAGAACAAAUUUUCAGAUGUUGACAAGAUUCUGGAGCAACACAGUUAUGCCUUUUCCAGAUUUGGAUAUGCUAUAGCCAAUAUUGGUGACAUUAAUCAAGAUGGAUACCAUGAUGUUGCAAUUGGAGCUCCCCUUGAAGGCCAUCUUGAAAAUCCAUAUUCUUUUGGAAGUGUUUAUAUAUAUAACAGUGACAAACAUGGUCCCCGCAGUUCUCCCUCCCAGCGAAUAAGAUCAACUGAUCUAACAACAAGGUUACAAUACUUUGGCCAAUACAUAGAUGGCGGCCUGGAUCUCACUAAUGAUGGCUAUCUGGACAUAUCAGUUGGAGCUGUAAACAAUGCAGUGGUUUUAAGGUCUCGUCCUGUUGUGAAAUUGAAGGCCAAUAUAAAGGUUUUACCUGAGAAAAUACCUCUUAGCUCUAAUAAUAUUUUAAGUGCACAUUUGUGCUUUAACAUAACCCCAUUUAACUCCAAAGAAUUUAAGAAAUCUUCUAUUCAUUACAAACUGGAAUUGGAUAUUCAUAUGGAUGAGAAACGCAUUGCUUUUGAGAAAGACAAUUCUGGUGAAGGAAAAUUGUUUCCCAUUAAUGGAAAUUGUACAGAUCAUAAGUUAAUUGUACUGCCAUGCAACUAUGACUGCUUCAAUAGUGUGAUAAUUAGGAUUUCUUAUAAGCUAAUCUCAGACUUGAAGAGGGAUCUUCCUGCACCAAUUCUGGAUAUCUAUAAAGAUGAUCACACAGAUGUUGAGUUGCCGUAUGUAAAGGACUGCAAUAGCAAAGAUUUCUGUGUUCCAAACUUGACACUAACCACGCAUUUAUCUGGAAAAGAACUGGUUGUUGGACAUACCAAGGAUCUGACUAUAGACAUCACUCUUGUAAACACUGGAGAUGACUCAUACCUGACCACUUUGUUGAUAACAUAUCCGAAAAAUAUGCAGUUCAAAAUGAUAAGAAAGACAACUUUUUCAGAUGUGAAAUGCUCAGAUUCCACAGCUUUACUGCCACUUAAUUCCUCAAUGAGCUGUAAAAUUGGGUAUCCCGUGUUCAAAAAAAUAUCUGCAACAUUUUCAAUCAUUUGGCAGAUAGACGAAGUGAAAUUUCCCACAGAACAAGCAAUUAUUUACCUUAAUAUUAGCAACUCUAAUGAACAUUCAUUCCCUCUGCUCCAGCAAAGUGUCCUUCCAGUGAAACAUUCAUUCACUGCUGUUCUCACAGUACCAACUCCAAAUAUUGCUGUGAAUAUCAGUCAAGACUCCUUACAGGGCAAAUAUCUUGGAUACACCUUUAAUGUCAAUGGAGAAAACCAGUUUGAAGCUCCAUUGGUUCUAGAUCUACAGAUUCCUAUUACAUUUAAGGACUUAUAUAAUAUUUUAGAAGUACAACUCAUCCAAAAAAUGCAUAAUACAACUCAAUGCAUAAAUGAAACUCGGAACUGCAAACCUGAAAAUAACAGAGAAGGAAAAAACAGUGCAUGGAAUUUUAAAGACUUCAUGUGCCUUCAUGUUCAGUGCAAUUUCACAACUGCCAAAGAGGAAAUUACAGUCACAUCCCGUCUUAACUUAGCCACUAUACAGAAGGUAGUAACAGAGACGCAGGAAUUAUUGGUCACUGGCAGAAUUCAUUAUGACAAUACGUUAUUUAUUAAUUUAAAGGAUGCAGAUAGUACUGCACAGAUAUCCAUCCUGCUACUGAAAGACAAGGAAAUCAAUAUUUUGCCAGUCGUGAUUGGAAGCUCCAUUGGUGGAAUUUUCCUACUUUUAUUAAUAGUUUUAAUUCUCUUCAAGUGUGGUUUCUUUAAACGAAAGUACAAAAGUAUAGGGGAAGAUUCCUAACUUUUUGGAUUACAAAUAAAAUGCCAACUGCAGUCUGCUGAAAUACUGUGUUGCCCCAAAUAUUUACCGGACACCUUGUUUUGUAGGUGAAUGUAAACCAAUGGAAAAGCUGAAAUUAUAAUUAAAUACAUAAUAGACACCUGACUUCAAUUAUUGCAAAAUGUAGAUAAUUUAAAAAUAAUUCUGGUGUAUUGUGUAGUUUGCAAAAUGUAAGUUAAAAAUGUAAGAGUAAAAUUUCUAAUUCACAAUCUUAAAUUACACCAAGAGAUGUUGCAUCACAAGUGGAAAUGUGGAAGGACAGGUUCUCUGUUUGAGAACUUGUCUGUUUGCAGCUUGAUAAGUUUUCUUUUAAUACUUGAUGAACCCAUCAAGUUGGAACUCUGGGUGAUUUUCAAGCCAUACGAUUCAUUGUGUUGCAUCACUGAGAUAUUAUUAAACUUUCCCUUGGGAAGGCCUAUAAGAUUAUGUAGAUGUUCAGGCCAUCCUGGAGAUACUGGGCUUGACUGGAAAUAUAUUAAAUAGACAUGUUAAUGCAUACAAUAAUGGCUGUCAUUUGUUAGUGCAUGCCUCUUCCUAGCUAUGUGUUUAACAUCUGCAAAGAAAUAAAACACAUAUAUAUAUAUUGUUACUUGGAAGACCCAAGACAUUGUAGCUCCUGGGCAAGACACAACUGUUAAUUGGCAUCUACAUGAUAUACAGUUCCUAAAUGGCUCAACCAUUGUGUAUUGUGCUCUGGGCCUGCAAGGUUGCUAUUCUUGAGCGCUACAGCAUUUGUUUAACCCCUUUAUAAAGUAAUUAGAAAGAGACAAUAAUGCAAAGAUUACACACUCUAACAAAUUAUAGCAUUUAGUUUGAAUGUCUCUUUAAUAAUAAACUAAGACUGACACUAUUUGCAACCACAAGCUAAUUUUAGAUUAACUGUAUUCAUACAGUAUUUAUGCAGGCUACCUAUUAUUUAAAUGGUACUAGAUUUAGCAAAACAGAGGAGGAAAAUGAUUUAGGCAUACUUAUAGUUAACAAGCUAAAAAUAUGGUAAGGCUAAUAAAAUACUAGCAUGUAUUUAAAGAGGCAAAGAUGCAAGAGAGGAAAGCAAAACUCUGUUUAUAUAAAUCCCUGGUAAGACCUCACCUUGAGUAUGAAGUGUAGUUCUGGGGACCAAUUUUAAAAAGGGGCAUUGCAGAAUGAGAAAAAAUUCAGAGAAGGACCACAAAACUAAUAAAGGCAAUGGAGGAUUUAAACUAUAAAGAGGUUUGCUAAAUUGGGUCUGUUUACUCUAGAAAAAAUGUGGGGGAAGGCUUUACAAUAAAUCCAGUGCUUACCAUGUAAAGUGCCUAUGCAGAGCUUCUUGAAAAAUCUCCUAAAAGUAGCAUUGAAUCCUCUUGUCUCUCGAUAACACAGAAUACACCCACUGCUGUACCACCCAUAUGUUGAAAACAAAAACGGCUUGUUAGGGGGCUGUGCUUAUGCCAUGCAAAGCAACACAUGAGAUGGUGCAAACAAUGUAGAAAACUCUUUAGAAGCAUUGCAGGAUAGCAAUACACAGUGAGUACUAGAGUGGUUUUAAAGCAUUAACAAAAAAAAAUAUUUUACUGUCCCCUUAAGUCCGUUUCUUACAAAAUAGGAUUUAAUGCAGCGUGAUUUGCAUCCUGCUUGCCGGAAACAGAAGUUAUGAAGCAGCGGUCUAAAGACCGCUGUUCCAUAACCUGUCCGCCUGCUCUGCUACGAUCGGGUUGAUUGACACCCCCUGCUAGUAUUGCACCAGCAGUUCACCAGAACUACUGGUGUAAUGAUAAAUGCCGAGAGCGUAUGCUGUCGGCAUUUAUCGAUGUGUUGCAGACCGGAUCCGCAAUUUCGGAUCAUGUCUGCUCGCACUAUAAUAAAUAGGCCCCUAUGCCUCUGUUUAUAUACUGAUGGUAAUGCCUUAAUGCUCUGAAAGCCAAAAGACUAUAUUAAUGUUUUUAAUUUCUAGCAUUUUUGUCAUAUGAUUUGUGAGAUCUGAUUAUCUAUUUGUAUCCCGGAUGGAGGGAAAGACCGACAAGCCUCUUGCCUACAACAUCAUGUCAAUUUGCUUCUCCUUUUUCAUCUUUUUUUAUUAAAGGGGCAUAGUACUCACAUUUUUACUAUUAUGUAUAUGAAAAAAGGAGCAGUCGAGCAUUUAAAAAAAUAUUAUUUGUAUGAAAAUUGUUAAGUAAAAGCUGCUGAAGUAAAUAAUUAUGUGCAACUGUCUUCUGGGAGUCUGAAGCUCACUGGGUCAUAAGUAAACGUUUGGUUAUUCAACACAGAAAUAUCUAUUACAAAAAAAAUAAAAGUGCUUUAAUCAUUUUUGAAACACGUUUUCAAUAUUUUAUAUGGUAUCAUGUCCCUUUAAUGGAGGGGUUUUGUUUUUUGUUUUGGGUCUUACCCCCACAUAUAUAUGGUGAGGCAUUAAUGGCUAUAGGAUCAAGAAACAGCAAUUAAAAUAUCUUAAAUAAUUAAUUCAAAUUGUAUAACAAAAUAAACGUUCUCUUAUGCUAUACUUGUAUAAUGUUAUCAGAGUAUAGAUAUCAUACUAAAUAAUAACUAAAAUGUGAGCCAUG